AUGGUCGCCAUCAAGAAGUUUGGCGUCGCCCUCUUCCUAUGGCUGGGACUUGCCAGCCAGGGACUUGCUAUGGGGGCCAACGAUGCCACCACCGAUCUCAUGCUUGAGGAAAGGGGAGGCUCACAUCUUGCCCCGCCUCCCAUCACGCACGGCAGUACCACUGGCAUGGGGAAGACCAAGCUUCCUCCUCACAAGCGUGGAGGAUCACAUCUCGCCCCGCCUCCCAUUACACAUGGCAGUACCACCGGCAUGGGCAAGACCAAGCUUCCUCCUCACAAGCGUGGAGGGUCACAUCUCGCCCCGCCUCCCAUUACACAUGGCAGUACCACCGGUAUGGGCAAGACCAAGCUGCCUCCUCACAAGCGCGGCGGUCUCGGAGUUCCUACUGUGAAGCACGGCAGUACCACCGGUAUGGGUAAGACCAAGCUUCCCCCUCACAAGCGCAGCGGUCUAGGAGUUCCUACCGUCAAGCACGGUUCUACUACUGGCAUGGGCAAGACCAAGCUUCCCCCUCACAAGCGCAGCGGUCUAGGAGUUCCUACUGUUAAGCACGGCUCUACUACUGGUAUGGGCAAGACCAAGCUCCCUCCUCACAAGCGCGGCGGCCUUGGAGUUCCCACUGUUAAGCACGGUAGCACUACUGGCAUGGGCAAGACGAAGCUUCCUCCUCACAAGCGAGGUGGUCUCGGAGUCCCUACCGUCAAGCAUGGUAGCACUACCGGCAUGGGCAAGACCAAGCUCCCCCCUCACAAGCGAGGUGGUCUCGGAGUCCCUACUGUCAAGCAUGGCAGCACCACUGGCAUGGGUAAGACCAAGCUUCCUCCUCACAAGCGCGGCGGCGGCGGUCUUGCUCCUCCUGUUAUCAAGGUUGGUAGCACCACCGGCAUGGGCAAGACUAAGCUUCCCCCUCACAAGCGCGGUGGUCUCGGAGUCCCUACCGUCAAGCACGGUUCUACUACUGGCAUGGGCAAGACCAAGCUCCCCCCUCACAAGCGAGGUGGUCUCGGAGUCCCUACUGUCAAGUAUGGUAGCACCACCGGCAUGGGCAAGACUAAGCUGCCUGGCCGAAAGUAA